CAAGGGAUAACAGUAGUGAUAUGUGGAUCAUUUCUUUGUUUUCUGUUUUUAUUUUUGAAGAAACAAACAAUCAUGAUCACCAACUCUUGCUUUCUCUCUUUUCUCCCUCCUUUUUGUCAUUUCCCUCUCCGUUGUUCCCCUCUCAUAUAUCAAUCUCUUUUAUCUAAUUUUUUAGAAUCUCGUUCCUUUCUCUCUCUGCUACCGCAGCAGUUGCCUUUUAUACAUCAAUCUGCAAUAUAUGGUGUCAAUGGCAACUAUAUCAGUUCAUCUUGACAACGAUCACGUCGUACUGAACUCGACGAAUAAUCGACUAUCCGGCAUAGUUACAAUCCGUAAUUGGAAGCGACCAUCAUGCGCAUUAAAACAACCAAGGGUCCGAUUACUCGGUGAAGCUUACAUAGCUGGUGGCUGUAACCGAAUCAAUGUAGUGGAUGGAUUUCUCGAUGAGAGUCAUCAACUCAUCUUCAACGAUGAUAAUACCACCAACAGUGACUCUAGCAGCAAUAGUACGGCAUGCUCUUCCUCGUCAUCCACAUUCAACAUUCCGGAUUCGAUAACGUCGUCGACAUCGUCCCCAGCUUACAUUGUUGAAAACGAAGAAAAUACGAACGAUAACAACAACAUUGUCCUGUUGCCGUUUUCCAUUCCCGUUCACGAUGAUUUACCAGUUUCUUUAUCGACAGCGCAACACUGGAUUCGAUAUACAAUAUAUGCAAUUGCGUGGAACGGCCAUACGGAAGUAUACGCCGUUCGACCUGUCUUUUUCCAUCGACGGAAUGAGCACUUGAUGACAACCAAAAGAUUAUACUGGGGUACAUCCAAAACAUCUCGACAAUGGCGUUAUGAGAUUUCACUACCCCGUGCUGUUACAACGUCAGCAAUUGAACAAAAUGGAGUACCUGUAAGCAACGAACAACAGGGCAGUAAUGACGAUGAUAUCACCGCUAGUAAACAUCAGCAACCUGAAAACAGCAGCUGUGUGAUAAGUGCAACCAUCCGUAUCAAGAACACUCACUUCAGCAAGCACCAGCAUCAUCAUUUACCGAGACAACAACAACAAUUUGAAACUAGUACGAAGCCUAAACGUCCGGAACGCUGUCUUGCAGAAUUUGAAUUUGUGGAAGAAUGUCGUACCACCAUUACUACAUACUCUAGUCCUACUCGAUCUUCAUAUUGUGCUAAAACCAGCUCAUCCAUGAGCACAUUGCUUUCUGAAACACAUACGCUGUCAUGCCCAUCCUAUACCUGGAAUUGCCCCUGGAAAGUCGGUCUAAAGCUCGAUCUACGACCGUUGCCUACAACAACAUUACUGCAUAACAAAAACUACAACCACUGCAUCGAUAGUAAUAAUGGCAGCUUUAUUGCUUCUGCUAAUACGACCACGACUUCUAAUACAUCAUAUGGCAUUUCAAUACGGCACUAUCUGCAAAUCAAGCUUAAAUUCGACGAUGGAAACGGACAUCUUGACCACAAUAUACAUACAUUUCCACUCGACGCCGUAGUGGAUGCUAAUAAAGUUUCAGAAUCAGCAGGAGCAACAACAAAAACAAAAACAAUUUACCGUGAUCCAACAACAAGUGCGACAUCAUCGUCAGCAACGUUAAAUAGUCAAAGCACCAGUAGUGUCGAUACUAGCAGUACUUGUACUUUUACAGAAUCAACACCAACAAUAGCAAAUACUAGUGGUGGUUGUAGCGACCACAUCGAUGGCUGUGAUAGCAACAAUAAUAAUAGUGAUAGUGCUACUUGUCCCAAUUACUAUAUUCCAUCGUCAUCAUCAGAUGUUGAACCCCUCAUAAGUACAACAGUUCGCUUGCCUAUGAUUAAAUGACUUGAAAAGUACCUG